UGUGUGACAGGUUGGAUUCAGAGUUGUUUCAGUUCUGAGCCUGCUGAAAGUUGUCAAAGAAACAAACGGCAGCUCUGCAGUCACUCUGGGACACUGUGGGAUGUGGAAAAAAACAGACUGAAAGAGGCAUAUUCAGAUUCUCUUCUGCUGCUUGCUUGGUGCUGGAGGAGCUGAAUGGGAACAGCCAGCUGCUCAAGAAUAAAAUUGAACAGGACUGCUUAAAAAAAUAAUAAUAUGAGCAGCCUUCAGUUGGAUGAUUUUGUAGCUGGAUGGGUAGGAGGAGCUGGAGCUGUAAUUGUGGGUCAUCCUCUGGACACAGUAAAGGCUCGUUUACAAGCCGGGCAUGGCUAUGGAAGCACAGUUAACUGUGUCCUCACUGUGUACAGAAAUGAAGGAGUUGCUGGGUUCUUUAAGGGAAUGUCUUUCCCAUUAGUUAGCAUUGCUGUAUACAACUCAGUGGUAUUUGGAGUCUUCAGCAAUAUCCAAAGGCUCAUUAGCCAACAUCGCUAUGGGAAUUCUAACCACCCUCCAGCACUCAUAGACUUGGCUUUAGCAAGUAUGGUGGCAGGGACAUUUUCAGUAGGAAUUGGUGGCCCAGUUGACCUGGUAAAGAUAAGGCUACAAAUGCAGACACAACCUCUUGUUGAAGCCAACCUGGACUUGAAGCACAGGGCAACUGGAUUUUCAGUACAGACUGCCUACCGAGGUCCAGUUCACUGUGUCGGCACAAUCCUUCGGCAAGAGGGUUUGGCAGGAUUAUACCGAGGUUCUAGUGCAAUGCUCCUACGGGAUGUCCCCGGGUAUUGCCUCUACUUCAUCCCUUACACUGUUCUUUGUGGAUGGAUCACUCCAGAGGAAUGCCUUUCUCCUAGUCCUUUUUCUGUGUGGCUGGCUGGUGGCAUUGCAGGAGCAAUAUCGUGGGGAACUGCCACUCCUAUGGAUGUUGUGAAGAGUCGCCUUCAAGCAGAUGGCAUUUAUUUAAACAAAUACAGAGGAGUCAUUGACUGUAUUUCCCAGAGUUACCACAAUGAGGGUCUAAAAGUCUUUUUCAGGGGCCUUGCAGUGAAUACAGUGCGAGGAUUCCCAAUGAGUGCUGCCAUGUUUCUUGGAUAUGAACUUUCACUCAGAGCCCUAAGAGAACAAGCAGAGAAAAAUCCUUGAAUUCCAGGAUUUUUCUGCUCCUGACCUUUGCUUUUGCUUCCUGAGCCAAAUCAACAGCGUAGCCUCGAUGAAGGACUUACGUCACAAACAUGGAACCUGCACAGGAGAAUUUCAUCAUGACAGAAAAAUUUCUGUUUGUCAAGAGUAAUUAUUGAUCUGUUCUAUGAACUUGGUUGAAGAGUUUCAAGGAUGCAUCUGCAGAAUUCUGAUCCAAAUCCGCUUUAUCUAAAAUGUUCAUCUUAAAGCCAAAGGCAACUUUAAAAUGGAUAUGGUUACCUGGCAGUGACCAAAACGUUCAUGGUGAAGCUUUCAUGGGAUGUAACCUGUUUUGUCUACGAUAAGCCACUGGUGUCUGGUUUCUAGCACUUAUGUAAGAGGUUAAUUGUGGCUCAUUACCUAGAAGAAGCCAAGAAAAUAGCUUCUGAUGUGCUGAAACUGUCUUUCCAUUCCUUGCCUUCAUAUGACUAGGUACAAAAUCAUUAGAAGACAACAAGAAAUGUAAUAACCUCAUCAAGCACUUAGCUACAACAAAAUUACAGUUUCGAAUUCCCCUUUCUGUGCUGUGCCCUCUGUGAUAUUUUAUUUUUAUGGAGUCUAUUACACUGAAUGAACUAUCAAAUGAAAUGAAAGAAGAAGUGAGUGCCCUUAAGUAAAUCUAAAAGAACCAUUGACUAUCAGCAGUCCAUUUGGCCCGACUGCAAGUCUCCGAGUCUAUCUUCUAGAGUCCUGUUUGGCUCCUGUCAGCAAAUGGCCAGCAGAUGAACAGUGUGUGCAGAAUCUGGGUAGAUCACUACUUUGAGGAUUUAGCCUAGCUGGCAUUUGCAGAAAGCUUGGCAGAAGUAGGUCUGCAAGCCAAGCCAAAGUCUGUUUCUCAUUUGGAGUGCAGCCACUGAAACAUGAGGACAGAGGUGGCAAGUGAAUGCCAAACUGCAUCAGUUUGGUUGUGAACAGUAUCCAAUGAGAAGAGAUUGGAAAGGAUCAAAAUUAGGGUUCAAUCUCAGAGAAGGGAUAGAUAAGUUGGAAGGCAUGGCAAAGGAGCGGAGGAAGAAGAGUGAGAACCCGAAUGACCAGUUUGCUUUACCAAAGUGGAAGAGUAGCCAAUAUUGCCACACACCAUUGAAGACCGAUCAGGCAACAUCUUGCUUCUUCUCAACAAGGAGGAGGAUUUUCUUUGGUACACAAAUGGUGACCAGGGGGCUGCCCUGUGCAAACCCCAUGCUUUCGCUGCUGUGGGGUGGGAGCAGCUAAUCCCCAUGCAGAAAACAGUGCAGGCUUUCCAAAUGCCAUACAGCAUGCUCCCUACCCUCUGCCUGGGCUUCUGGCACCCAAUCGGGUCGCCUUCCACCUGGGAACACCUCCACCUUGACACCAGAGCAAAGUUAGACUGCCGAAGGGCCAUGUUCACCUCGCUCGUGUGUAAAAAGUCUGGGUAGGUCCCUGACUUUUAAAAUGCAGAGCUUCGCAGUAAAGCCUGCGGUGGCGGCUGCAUCGUAUAACAAAUGUAGUGCCACCGUGCAGCCAUUGUGGGGCUUUUUAAACAUAUAGACAGCCUGCAGGGAAAACGCUUUGGAUAAAAUAACCAUCUAAAAGAUAUAGGGUAUUAUUAUUAGCAUUUCAACACCACUGCACCACAAAUAUAUUGUAUGGGAUGGCUAGGACUUUCGUUCAGUUCACAUUUUGAUGCAAACAUACCUAAUUUGACUCCCCAAACUUAUACACAAAGCAAAGGGCAGUUGCAACCCAAAAUUCAUUUCCAAAUGUUGCAAUCAAAUCAGUGAAAAAUGCACACAAAGCGUGUAUUAAGAAAAAGUUGCUUCAAAACUGGACAUAUUCAAGAAAAUGAGCAUAAAAUCAUUACGUACUAUGGGAGGGGCAUACAUACAUUUUUAAAGCUGUGUACAAAAAUGUAUAUAUUGGGAGAAAUUUGCAUGAAAACGUAUAUGCAUUUUCACACUGACAUUUUAAAACAAAAUUUGCAAAUUGACAAGGAAAUGGCAUGAAAUGAACUUCAUGGUGGAAACCCAAUAAACUGAACGAAAAAGAA